UCCCGACGUAAGGCGUUACGUUCGUAAAGAUGGCGGCGCCCUGUCCGAGUUAGUGUAAUGUGAAACAGAUCUGUUUGCUCUUAUAAUAUUGUUAAACCCGUUUAAUUAGCGGUUUUUGUGUUCGAUUACAUUUUAAAGCAGCGUGCAGAAUGCGGUGGGUUGCUUUAAACAUGUGAAGUAGCAGAGUAACCCGGAGGUGUUUUAAAUGAAGUAAGUUACACGGUUUUCGUUCAGAGGUUGUAAUGUUUCCAGCUCCGGGGUCGCGUCUGACCCGCUUGCUGUCCGUGUCCGUCCAUGGACGGAGAAGCCUGAGCCUGUUCUCCAGCUCGGAGUCCUCCUCCACGUGGAGCAAAGUGGUGUCGGACGCAGAAAAGAUCGUCGGGUAUCCCACGUCGUUCAUGAGUCUGCGCUGCCUGCUCAGCGAUGAGCUCAGUAAUGUGGCCAUGCACGUCAGGAAGCUGGUGGGGACCCAGCACCCCCUACUCAACACUGCCAGAGGUUUUGUCUAUGACAGCAAGAACAAUCUUCAGAUGAGAGGACUGAUCGUGCUGCUCCUCUCCAAAGCUGCGGGACCCAGCCAUGCUGCCUCAGAUCCCCUAAUUCAGGACAUGGUCAGCGGCAUCUACCCACGCCAGAGGAACCUGGCAGAAAUCACAGAGCUGAUUCACACAGCAUUCCUGGUGCAUCGAGGGAUCGUAGAUCUAAAGGAGUGGACCAUCUCAGACGGGCCCCUGAAGGACAUGGAGUUUGGGAAUAAGAUGGCCGUCCUGAGCGGCGACUUCCUGCUGGCCAAUGCUUGCACAGGACUAGCCCAGCUCAACGACACUAAGGUGGUUGAACUGAUCUCCAGUGCCAUCGGGGAUUUAGUCCAAGGAAUAUACUAUGAAAAUUCCUACAGUGCUGAGGACGGUCUCGGCGAGGGCGUCGACGUGACGUCUUGGGAGGAUCAGACGUUUCUGUCCCAUGGAGCACUGCUGGCAAAGAGCUGUCAGGCCGCCAUGCAGCUCGCUAAACACGACAGAGAGGCCCAGAGACUGGCCUACCUCUAUGGAAAACACCUGUCGCUGGGCCACAAGCUGAACUCUGACCUGCAGCCAUUUGUGAAGACCAGGCUGGCAGAGAUGACAUCGUUCAGUCUGAGCGCUGCCCCGGUGGUUUUCCACCGUCAGAUCGUCGGGAAAGAGAAGUGGCACCAACAUCUCCAGGAGGCAAGGACCUUGAGAAACCAGCUGGACUAUACUAAGCUCCUGGCAGCAGUUAAGUCGGAGAAAGGCGUGAGCUCGGCGGUGGACUUGUGCCGUUACCAUAGCAACAUGGCUCUGGAGGCUAUUCAGGCUUUCCCCUCCUCUGAGGCUCGAUCUGCCCUGGAGAACAUCGCCACCGCUGUCACCAAAUUUUGACCCAAAUGCACACAAACACCCAGAGACACUCUCCUCUGAGGAGUGCUGAGUGCCUCGUUUUGGUCAUAAAGCUGUCGUCAUGUUUUUCCAUCAGAAACUCCUGCAACUGUUCAUCAUCGAACAAAAAUUCAACCCUCUGGUUUCGUGCCAGACAUUUUUGCAGCUCCCCCUCUCGUGCUCUGAGAACAUAUCCUGGCAGACUGCUUUUUUUAAAGAAAGAAAAAAACCCAGGCUCUUUAUUGUUACCUGGCUUAUCAGCAAAGCCACAUACUGGGCAGAACAUUAUUUAAGAUGUUUUGAUGAUUUGUUAGUGUCAUCUGAAAAAUGUGACAUGAAUGGGAAAUGAUGCACUCAGGAGUACUUAUUCUCAAAAAUGUCCUUUUUUUUAAGCUAUUUAACCUGCUUGUUAGUGCAGAGAUGAUGCUAGAAACUGCAACUGCUAGAUGUUUUUGCUCUUUGCCAAACUGAAGAGUUUCACUGGAGAAGAAACUCCUGUUUUACCAAUUAUCCUGCAAAGAACUGCUUUUCUGCAGAGGCUGGACUGGGGUAAAUCAGGAGUCAUAAUGUCAUCAAUGUUACCUUGUUAUGUCAGUCCCAACGCCUGUUUAUCUAUCUGUUUGUGUGUGUGUGUGUGUGUGUGAGAGAUCUGAAGCAACGCAGGGGCGGGGAAAGGUCACCCAAACCUCUCCCCUAUGGGCCAGCCAGCGAGCACAUUGAAGCUCCGCCAAGCAGUAAUUAUUAAUGAAGAGACCUGAGCAAAUGGACAGGAAAUGCAGAGGUAUUGAUUGGGCUAGCUGCUCUGCUGUAAGCUGCACAGGCUGGCGCCAGCCUGGUGGCCUGUGGUUUCCCAGGCUGCUGUCUGUGGAGGGCAUGGGUGGGGGGCACAACUAAGGUGUGAAACCAGGCCACCGCUGGCAGCUGUCUGUCACAUACCGGCUACACCUGAAGGACAGAGUGCACAAAGAAGGGACAGGGAAGAAAGCUCUGUCUCUGGAAAACAAAACCUUACGCAGAAUGUGAUGAUUUACAAAUCAUUCAGAGCCUAUAUUUAACUGGGAAAUGGUACAAAUAAAACUAAAUAAAUCUA